AUGAAGGCUAAGGCUUCGGAAGAAGCCCCGCUUCUCAAGUCGGUCCGCUCUCUCAACGAGAGGUCGAUCGAAUCGCGCGGUGGUAUCGUUGCUUUAUGUGCGAAAAAUCGUAUGACCCAUAAGUCAACGGUGGCGAAGUAUUUUGAGUACUGGGAUAGCAGCCCAGAGGGCGCCGAAGCCGUCAGGGCCAUCCGGAGCGCAAACUACGAUGCCGUAGCAAAGUGCCUUACUUUGAAAUACUUCUCCAGCUACUAUGAUACGGUCACGGAUAUUAUCGAGCAUCUAUGGGCAAGCUCCUUGCAUCUUUUUACCCUCAAAAAAGGUGAAACGAUGCGUGAAGCUGCUCGUCGUCAUGAGCAUAGCCUAGCCUGUUACGCUGGGAUCAUAAGGGACGCAUACGUUCUCGAUGUCGGGAGUGGAGUUGGAGGCCCAGCCAGAGAGAUCGCUCGAUUCACAGAAGCAAGAGUCCUGGGGAUCAAUUUGAAUGAGUACCAGAUCGGCCGCGCUAUUCGGUAUACCGAACGGGAUGGGUUGAGCGACAGAGUCAACUUUAUUAAAGCAGACUUCAUGAAGAUGCCCCUGCAGUCGCAGUCAGUUGACUGUGCUUAUUCGAUUGAAGGCACAUCCUACGCGCCGAACCUCGAAGGUGUCUAUUCUGAGAUUUAUCGAGUACUGAAGCCAGGGGGGAAGUUCGCUGCUUACGAGCUCAUUAUGACAGAAAGGUUCGACAAAAAUAAUCCCACGCACUGUGCAGUUCAUCUCAAUCUUGAAAAAGGCAUGGGUAUUCCCAACAUGGUACGUACGUCUGACGCCGUCGAUGCUCUGAGGCGCGCGGGCUUCGAGGUUGAGAUAGCAGAAGACCUUGCAGAUCAUUACAGCGACAUUCCAUGGUAUUACCCAUUCCGACUAUCCUUCAAAUGGAUGUUUUCACUCAGUGAUACUCUUCGUUGUGCGUAUAUCACAGUUUUGACUCGCUCGCUGCUAGUGGGGGGAUUUGCCUACUAUUUGGCCAUUCUAGGCGAGUGGUUUGGUAUUCUGCCGCCAGCAACAAUCCAGGUGCUCCUGAACUUGGCGGACUUGAACGUUGCCCUUGUAGAGGGUGGUGAGAAGGAGAUAUUUACGCCCGUUUUCUUGAUCGUGGCGCGAAAACCUUAUUGA